AUGUCCCUAGAUUUCCCACUAGUAUUGCGCAACGGCCGGCUUUUUGAACCUAUUGCUAGCCCCAUCCCCCGCUUACUCGACAUGCUCAACACAGCACAUAGCCCGCCUGUACAGACAAAAUCGUUUCAUCUAUCAUGUCUAGACCAGAAUGUCGUGCGCGUAUACAUACAGACCCUGUGUAUCUUUCCCUUUCCUGAUCUGAAUGACGCCGAAACGGCCAUACAAGCUCUCGGUGCCGGAUUGCGCCUUACACUCAACAAGUUUCCCUUUCUUGCUGGCACACUCACACUUGCGGACCGGAAAGCUGGAAAACUCACCCUCAACUACCCAACUGAUAUCACAAGCGAGCAACUGAAUCGCGUAUUCCGGUCAAAGCAGAUCCCAUACCACGAGACGGACUUUCCCCACACCUACGAACAGCUCAAGAGAGAUGGCAUGCCACCUAGUGCGCUCCGAAGUGCUAUGUUCGUUCCGGAAGAUCUCGCAAACUAUGCUGGCAUUCCAAGAGACGGCGAGGGAAAAGUGGAUUUUGACAAGAGCGACGCACCGGCCAUGCGGACUCAGGCCUUCUUCAUACCUGGCGGUCUUGUACUUUCCAUGUACAUGCAUCACAGUGUCUCUGACUUUUCCGGCGUUACUCUUUUCUGGCAGACAUUCUCUGAGAACGUCUCCAAGAUCUCAAAGCAGCAACUCUUCGAAGAGCACAAGAUCAUAGGUACAACUCUCCCCUACAUUGUCAAGCUACCACUAAACAUGGCAGAUACGGGAAGCGUGGCCGACGAGCAGUCUCUAAUGAGAAAAGCCGUUGACGAGCAGGUUACCCCACCGCUAGGCAACGGCGGUGCCGACUGCUAUUGCGAUGGUCCGCCUCAGUAUCUCCAAACCUUGCCUAAAGAGACGGAAUGCACCCAAAGGCUGUUUGUCAUUCCAGCAUCACGAGUACGCGAGUACAGGGAGAAACUCCGCACCCACUUUCCCGAGGAUACCCCUCCAACUAUGUGCAAUGUCCUCGCAGCACUAGUCUGGACGCAUGUUACUCGCGCUAGAGCAGGCCGCUUGACCAGGUACGGGCUGGCGGAGACUAGCAUCGGCAUCGCGACGGAUUUGCGCAGAAGACAACACCCUCCCGUCCCUGCCGACUACAUGGGGAACAUGGCUUUGUUCUCGAGAGGCACGAUGAAGGUCUCGGACUUGACAGCGGAGAACCGUGUAACCAAGGCCACAAUAGUCAACGUCAUAAACACUAUCAAGAGCACGAUUCUCGAUGUCGACGACAAAUGGGUGAACCGUCACCUAACAUUCUUCAAGUCGAUCGAGGAGAUUACCGACACCGAGGUCGCGCUAGCUUUGACUUUUGGAUCGGACAUUUACAUCUCGUCUUGGCUAAACUUCGGCGCUGAUCUCAGCUGGGGGAUACCUGGUACAGAUCUGGACAAGGACUCCCUUGCCGGUCGACCCGAGUUCAUCAGAAGAUCGUAUGGUCCGGGUGAUGGCGGCAUGAUCUUUCUCCCACGACGGAGACAGCUUGUGCACGAAGAGGAAGCGCCUUUCGAGAUCCUUGUACGACUCGCCGACGAAGACAUGACGCGUACUGACUCUCACGAUGUGAACUCUUCCAACGUGCUCGACGGCAAAACAUUGUCGCUGAGCAGCACUCGCCCAUCUCGCUUCGGACGGCCUGCAACCGACUCUGUUGGCCAACUCGAAUCACGACCAGCGACCAAUCGCAUCAUGGCAGACUUCACCGAUCAUCUCAAGCCCGCCUACGAUGGCACAGCAACACUCCAGGCCGAGCGCGACGGCUCGGGCAUCAACGUUCGCCAACUCGCACAGCAUCUUCUAGGCCGUGAUGGCUUUCUGGAGCGACAAGAUAAGGUACUUCGGGUUUUGAGCAAGGAGAAGCUUUUCAACAAGGAUCAGCAGCUGAAUCUUUCGCGCCCAGAGCGGUAUCAUCUAGGACUGGCGAGAGCAAAGGCCAUCCAGAGACUGAUGCGACGAGAAGGAUGGGACCUUGAAGACUAUAAGAUGGCCGAAUACCUGACGGAUGAGAUGAGCCCAUAUCAUCUGCAUAUGAACAUGUUCGUCACAACGGUACGCGAGCAAGCCUCUGAAGAACAGCAGAAGUAUUGGAUGCCGAGAAUCCUCGGCCACGACAUCAUUGGCUGCUAUGCGCAAACUGAACUAGGCCAUGGGAGCAACGUACGAGGCCUGGAGACUGUUGCAAAGUGGGACCCAAUCAAGAAGGAAUUCGAAAUUCACAGUCCGACUUUGACGGCAAGCAAAUGGUGGAAUGGGUCAAUGGGGAGGACCGCCACGCACGCAAUUGUAGUCGCACAAUUGCUCUUGCCGAAACCACCAUCUCCGUCCGACAGAUCAAAAGUCUCCGUUCCGCAUGCUCAAGAGGUUGAAUAUACUUCGCACGGCCCACAAACUUUCGUUGUGCAAAUUCGGGACGCGAAGACGCAUCAACCUCUGCCGGGUAUUGCUGUAGGCGACAUCGGUCCGAAAUACGGGUAUGCGAGCAUGGAUAACGGGUACAUGUUAUUCGACCAUUUCCACAUACCCAAGUCGGCUAUGCUGAGCCGCUACGCUGAGGUCUCCGACGAGACCGGCGCGUUCGUUCGGACUGGCCAUCCGGCUAUUGUAUAUGGGAGUCUUACAUACGUACGCGGCCAGAUCAUAAUGCAUGCAAGACUGGUCCUUGCACGUGCUGUCACUGUCGCCGUACGAUACUGUGCUUUACGGCGGCAAUUCAAGGACCGCGACUCCACUAAUGCUUCUGAUAGCGAAAUGAAGGUUCUUGAUUACCCCACGGUGCAGAUACGCGUCUUGCCAUUGCUCGCGACUACUUUCGCGUUGCAUUAUACUGGCGAGUACAUGUACACGUUGUACCACAAGUCGCGAGAAAACAUCGAGAAGGGCGACUUUGGACCAUUAGCUGAGCUACAUAGCGCCAGUUCGGGGUUGAAGAGCCUGUGUACGAUGCUCGCUGCGGACGGUAUCGAGACUUGUCGGCGUGCUAUGGGCGGCCAUGGCUUCGGCGGUGGAAGCGGGCUAGUAGGGUUGAACGCCGACUAUCUUUCCAAGCCAACGGUCGAGGGUGAUAACUGGAUGAUCACGCAGCAGGUUGCCGCAUAUCUCAUCAAGAAGAUGGCGGACGCGGUCAAAGAUCCUGGCUCCACACCCAAGGAUCCGACCGACAAGCUCUUCCAAUACUACCUUCUAAACAAGGACCAUCACAUACCCCAAAACGUCUCGAAAGACGGUGUGGUAGACGACCAAAACAUAGUAGAGGUGUUCCAAUGGCGCGCAGCUGAUCUCUCUUAUCGCGCCUACCAAGCACGCGUCGUCGAAAAACGACCUUGGACCCGUCUCAUGAUCCAGCUUCACAACCUCAGUCGCGCAUAUUCGGAGCAGAUCCUCGUCACGAAUUUCUAUAAUAGCUUCAGCUCCGUUAGUCCGCCCACGUCAUCAGUACUGCGGACAUGCUUCCAGCUCUACGCGCUCUACACCGUCGACCAAUUCGCAUCCUCGUUUAUGAUGACGACCGCCGUUCCGCAAGAGUCCGUGUUCACUCUGCAAGAUACGAUUGUAAAACUCAUGGCCGAGUUGAGACCGCAUGCUGUGAAGCUUGUUGACGCUUGGUCGAUACCAGAUUGGUUGCUUAAUAGCGCGUUGGGCAGGUAUGAUGGCAAAGUGUAUGAGGAGUUAUUCGAUAUGGCGCAUCGGAGAAAUCCGCUCAACGAGGUGACGUUCAAUCCGGACUGGCGUAGCGAGGAGAUUGUAUUGGGGAGUGGGGACGGAGGCGAAAACCCCCUUUCCACUGCCGGCACCGGUAAAGGAAAAAUUCUCAUCCUCAAGUCCAACGCUUGCUGGAUCGUCAUAUGCGAUGAGUCGAGACCAGCUUGCAGUCGAUGCAGCAAGGCGGGUCAUACAUGCAAGUAUCGAGAUCAAGCCGACAUCCUCUUCCGCAACCAAACAGCAUCUGCUGCGCAGAGAGCCGAGGAAUCAUGGCGGAAGCGAUCAAAGUCAAAUCAACGCGCUGUCGUUGCCGAAAGUAGCAAUACUUAUAUCAAAACCCCGCCAAGCGACGAAUCGACGCCACCUCAUUUGGACGAUCAACGCUCAUCCAGCGGCAGUGUGCAUUCUCCUGGUGGAUCCGUGGACGACCCUGCCCAAGAUGCCUCAGGUGUUACCCCGCCAAUAAUCGAUCUAAGUCGACUGACUAUCACCCCGAUGGCUAACCCGGACUUUCGUAGAAGAGCCUUUGAGCGCUUUGUGUACGACUUUGUACUGCCCGAUCAACCGAACAGACCAGCAGACCAGCCGGAUGAAGCACUUUGGACGUUUAUACCGCUCUUGUAUCAGGGUGCGCCAGAGGACUCGUUAAUUGCAACAGCUGUUGACGCAGUCUCUUACGUAAAUUAUGCUAAUAGAUGUAACGACCCUCAGGCCCAGGCAUUGGGUGAGGAAUGCGUGGGAAGAGCCAUUCCGAUGUUGACGAAGACAAUCGCGGAUAAAAAGCAGUCAGCCACGAAUAUCGCUUUGGCUGCAGUGCAUUUGAUGGGAGUUUACGAAAAUCUUACCAGCGUGCAGCGGAAGGGCACAUUUAUUGCCCACAACCAUGGCGCAAAUGCGCUGCUCCAGUUGCGGACUGUUGAGCAGUUCUACAGCGAUCCCAUAUCAGCCAGACUUUACGAGGUCAUCUACGCACAUCUGUUACUAGGUAAUCUACAGACAGCCAAGCGCCCUGCCAUACCGACAAGAGAUGUGGUCAAGGUGGACGAGCUACUUCCAAGUCUAUACAAGAACUCUAAUGCUUUUGUAAUUCGCCUGAUCUGGAGAGAGGCGAUGCUGCAUGCUAGAUGGCACGAAAUGAAACAAAGUACGAAUCCACCAACUAAUCGUCUGGCCUUGCAAGAGCUUUUGCAGACCGCGCUAGAACUAGAUGACGACUACCAAGCCUGGGAAUCACAGAUUACGCCUGCUUGGAACUACCAUGCGACACCCAACACGCCAGAGGCCAGGUCGAACUAUGACCCGAAAUGGCAGAAGCUCUUCCUAGGAUGUCGCGGCGCCCCGGAAGAGAUACACUCUUACCCCAGCGUCAAACGCGCUUGGAUUUGGGGCUUCUACCGUACAAGCCGUGUACUUGUUCUGCGAGAUCUACUUGAAAUGUUGAAUUGGAUGCUAAGAUUCCGGGAUCCCGGUCGAUCGGCUGCAGCGCAAGGACAGACUGUACCCACCACUUUGAGCGAUAGGACCCUCCGCAUACAUCACUCUGUUGCUACUGCACGUCUGGUUGAAGUGAUUGAAAGAAACUGCUCAGCCAUGAUUGGUAGUCUUACCGUGCCAAUACACAUGAAGUCUAUCGACGAUGUGGUUGGUAUGAGAGGAUAUGUCGAUAUAUGGCCACUGGGUACCAUGGACGCUGUACUGUGUUCAGGUCUUGUGCCCGAUAGCACUGCAGGUAACUCUCCACAAGACACUGGUCAGAUGCCAACACCACCAUCAGCCUACACGCACCAGUCCAACACGCCACCACACCUAGUCUCCGCCACAUCCAACUUGUCGUCGUCAAGCGAACCUUCGGAAAACUUGGAGUCUUAUGCAACAGCACCUCAGUUUUCUGACCUUAACACCAUCCGUUCGAGAAGUGGCCUGAGCUCCAGUCCUAGCCCGCCGGCCAACGUCCCAACAUUUGAUCCUAAUGCAAAGAAAGAUCACAUCUUCGACCCGCACCCCGCGCAUCCUUACGAUCGACCCCUCGAUCUUCCGCCGCUGGAGUUCGAGACGGUAAUACCUAGGAGAAUAGACGUUGCAGCCAGACGUGAGUGGAUCAAUCGCUUACUAUAUUACUUCGCCACAGAACUGGGCUUGAAGAAGGCGCUGUGGGUACCAGUGAUGCAAGGAUUCAUGCCCAUGGUGAAGCCAAUGGUUGAUGAAAUUCUCAGCCAGGAAAGGCGUUUCUAA